AAGAAAAGAAGCAGCGUAGAAGAAGACUGGGGCUGUUUUUAUUAUUCCAUCUGUGUACCGUUGGCUGUGUGUUAACAGACUGCACUCUGUAAUCACCGCUCUUUAUAACCAACUUAUUCAAAGAGUAGCUGUAUGUGUUCCGUUUGAAGAAUCAACUCAAACGCGCCUUGAUGCGUUCGCUGCAGUGUUAAAGAUGGCAGGUAGGGGCAGGAUGGUGCCCUGUGCUUGUCUGGGGCUGUUUGGUGUCCUGUGUUGGGUCUGGGUCUCCUUUGCAUCCUUUCCAGAUGAUCAACUCCCCCUGGAGGCUUUGGAUGCAGUGGACCGAGCAGCCUUUCAACCCCAGAGUGCUCUGUCAGAGAUGGAGUUCUCCUCUAUUUCUUCAUACAGAGGACCUGGCAACAGAGACCGCCGCAUCAACAAGGAGCUGCCCAUUCUCCUCUGGUGGAGUGGAGGACUGUUCCCACAUUUCCCUGGUGACUCUGAACGCAUCGACUGUGCCACAUCCUCCUGCCUGGUCACAAGCAACCGCAAGGUCCAGAUGUACAAGCGGACUGCAUCCAUCAUCUUUUAUGGGACAGACUUUCGGGCAUAUGAGGCGCCACUCCCUCGUCUCCGCCACCAGACCUGGGCACUGUUCCACGAAGAGUCCCCCAUGAAUAACUACUUCCUCUCCCAUGGACCGGGAAUCAGGCUGUUCAACUACACUGCCACGUUUAGCAGGGAGUCGGAUUAUCCUCUGACCCUGCAGUGGCUGCCCUCUCUGGAUUACCUGCUGCAGCCUGUGGCCGUGCCCCUGGGGGAGAAGAACCGUCUGAGGAGGGGGGGGCUGGCUCCUGUGCUCUACAUGCAGUCCCACUGCGACGUACCCUCGGACAGAAACAGAUAUGUCCAGGAGCUCAUGAAGUAUAUCCAGGUGGACUCUUACGGGAAAUGUCUGAACAACAAACCUCUACCUGAAAAUCUCGAGGACACAGCCACAGCGACCGGGGAAGAAUCCAGCUUUAUGAAUUUUGUUGCCCGCUACAAGUUCCACCUGGCGCUGGAGAACGGCCUGUGUCCGGACUACAUGACGGAGAAGCUGUGGCGGCCCCUGCACCAGGGCUGCGUGCCCGUCUACCGGGGCUCCUCCUCUGUGGCCGACUGGAUGCCCAACGACCACUCUGCCAUCAUCAUAGAUCACUUCCCCUCUCCCAAAAGUCUCGCUGAGUUCCUCAAACGUCUUGAUGAGAACGAUGAUGAAUAUGCAAGAUAUUUAGAAUUCAAGAAGCCCAGCCGCAUUACUAACACUCGUUUGUUAGAGGCGCUGGAGACUCGCGAGUGGGGGGUUAAUGACAUGAGUAAACCCAACUACCUGAAUGGAUUUGAAUGUUACGUGUGUGACCAGGAGAAUGCACGACUGGCGGCAGAACGCACAUAUAGGAAAGCCCCCAACAAGAACCAACCUCCAAAGCCUAAAAUGGCAAACAACUCUCACAUGGGGUGCCCCCUGCCCGGCCCGGGGUACGGACAUGUCACAGACUUACCUGCAGAUGAUGGAUGGUUGCAAGUAUGGCCUCAGGAUUACUGGCAGAGCCUGGACCAAGCAGAGGGGCUGGAGUCUCUGAUAAGACAUAACGAGUCCGACCCUUCGCUGCUGUGGAAGCACAUCCAAAACAUGGCUGUGAGCAGAGCCAGAGGAAAACACUGACACAGGCCUUACAGAGGAUGGAGCACGUCCAGAAUUGCAGAGGUGUCCUAUAUUAUGCCUCCCCUUUGUUUAAACAAGGGAAUAAACCAGAAAUGACUAAUGUUUUUUCACCUGAGCCAAAAACACUUUAUCCUUUGGUGCCACUGUAACAGAUUUGGAUAUCGUGUUCAGCUGACAUGAGUCGUUUGUCCUUUUAUCCCUAGUUUAGUAAUGGGAAAAUAAUGUUUUAGAGUUCUGUAUGCCAAUAUUUUUAAGUUGUUUGAUUGCUAGAACUGAGGUGCCAUCAUUGCCUGUACUCUGCCUUGCAUUGUUAACAUGAACUGGAGGCAGAUUUUCAUUGGGCUGCAGCAGAGCCAGGGGACGGUGCUCUGCUUAACUGUGUGGAGAACAUUAAGGCUGGAGCCGAUGAAGUGCAUUAGCUUCUUUGUAUUUCCUCAGCAGGUAGCUGAUGGUUAUGAGCUAAAGUUACAUUAAUGUACAAAACUAUUUUAAAUGACUAUGCAAGUAAAAUAUUCACUAAGGAGUGAAGAAAGGCACAUGUAAAGUAAAGGUUAACUCCCUUAUGGAAAAUCAUCACUGGGUCAGGAUCAGCUAAUGCAUUUCUGUGUACUCUAUAAUAUAUAGUGCCUGUUUUCUGUUACAUAAUGCUAAGAUAAUGUUUGUGUGCAAUACUUUUCUAAUCAUGUGUUUUCUAAACAUGUUACUGCUUGUGAAUCCAUGACAGUCCAUCUGCCUGCAUUCUGGCUGUGUUUGAAGUUGCAUACCAUUCAUACCAAGUAUGACGUUACGGUCAAAUCGUGCUCCGAUUGCAUAGUAUGUGCAUUUUGCAUGCACUAAGCACACAUUAUUGAGAAUGUGACAUGAGCUAUACAAGAUUUAACUGUGCUUUAAAAAGUAUUGCUUUCGAAAAAUGAGGAGCUUAUGUUUAUAAUGUACUGACAAAAACAAACACUAAGAUACUUACUGUUUUGUUUAUUCUCCUAAAAACAAUACUGGAGCAGCGAAUGUGGAAUUAGAAUUGUGGUAAACGAUUUUCAUUUCAUGGAAGCCUAACCUGGUAAUGUGAUACAAAAGGCUUCAUCCUCUGUCAUUGUGAACAGUCUGCUGGUAAUGGCAAACGGAGUAGUUAGUAAUUAGCAGGGAGUAUGCAGUGCUCUGGUAUGCAAUUUGGAGCACAGCCGUUCUCGCAACACAUACCAAGAUAAUACAAAUCAUUUUAUUUUUUUAACAAAGCAUCAUACAUGUGAAUACACUAUUUAGUAUUAAGAAGAGCAAAAGAAGUAAACAUUUUUGUAAUAAAGUCAUUUUAUACUGUU